ACAUGCCAGACAUGGGUGUAAGUAACGUGUUCACAUUUCAGACACGUGGUGGUGGGAUCGUCGGUAAAGGAGAUGGAGGAGAUCGUUAACACCAUCAAGGGUAGGAGGACACAACACCUGCUGGGAGUCAUCCAGUCAGGUGAAGAGGAAGAGUGGAAGGUGUACAUGAACCAGCUGUACAGGGGUAAUGGAGUGAAAUUCGUUACCUCCUGGAGAGGUCACAACUUUACAUCCAAAGCUGAACUUUUCCCGGACAAGCUGUCCGAUCUUCAUGGUUUUGUGUUGACGGCUGUGACCUUCGUGUGGGAACCCAGUAUAUUCUAUUACCGUGACCAGAGCGGCUCGGUUAUCUUCCGUUACGGUGUUGAUAUAGAAGUCAUCAGACUUCUGGCUGCUACGCUCAACUUCACCGUUCACUUUAUAGAACCUCCCAAGGGUGAGUUGUGGGGUUCACAGCAGGAAGAUGGGACAUGGACGGGCAUGAUGGGUAAACUGGACACAGGAGAAGCGGAUAUGGGCGUGGCUAACUUGUAUGUCUCCAUCAGUAGAGUCGGUAUACUGGACUUUACGGCCCCUUAUGACUCAGAGGAGACUUGUUUCCUGGCCCGCCGUGAGCCGCCCCUCCCUCGUUGGCAUGCCCUGGCUUACCCCUUUACCUGGACCACCUGGCUUGCCAUCUUGGUUGGCCUUCUAACCUCUGGGCCUGUACUCUUCCUCCUGACCUACACCUCUAGUACCUUCGGGCAGGAGAUUGGCAGUGUGGGAUCAAUUGACCUCAGUUACUACUACACAUACGGCGUCCUUCUCCGAGUACCCCAGUCACAGCUCCCUAAGGCAACCAACACCCAGGUCUUCGUCACCUUUCUGUGGAUCUACGCCAUUGUCCUCACCAUCGCCUACUGUACCAACCUCACCGCCUUCCUGCUAGUGAACAAGGCGCCAGCUUCUGUGGAGACAAUUAGGGAGCUACAUGACUCUGAUCUCAAGGUGGCCGGGAUGGGUCAGUUUUACAAGAAAGAGUUGGCCGCCGCUAGUGACCCUUACCUGAAGGGACUGACCAAUAUCUACGAGGGUCAAAGCUCAACUGAGGAGGCGUACCAGAAGGUGUUGAAGGGCACCGCCGUCUUCCUCCAGAACAGAGCCUUCGUGGAGUUCAUAGCUCGUACCAAGUUUACAAGUGUUGGCGUCUCCCGCAUGAGGAUUAUGAAGAUGUUUGCUUCUUACCCGAUGUCUGUGGUACCAGCAAUCCACCAGAUGGUGUCGUCGGGCUGGUGGCCUGGCUGGAACAAUGAAGACAGGAUCCCAGUUUGGGACAUCUCUGCGUCUGGCUUAGUGAAGUUGAAGAAAGGGCAUGCUGGCAGCGACACUACAUCAUUCUCUCUGUUGGGUCCAGAGCGCAUCACAGGAAUGAGCCGGUAG